UUCAGACAUUUUCUUGAAUCUUGUCCCAACCCCUUGUGACUAAUCUAAAAGCAAAUCAAAUAACCAAAAAUUUACCCACUUAUCCCAUAUUUUGCUUAUAAUUAUGACAACAACAACAAUAAACUCAUCGUCAUAUACUCUCUCCCUCUCUCCCUCUCUAUAGAAUUUGAUCCAUUGAGGAAGAUGGAGAGACAACAUCAAAAUUAUCUACUUGGUUGGGCUCACCAAAACCAGUGUGGUAUAAAGACAAUAGAAGAGUUAAGGCACUCGCUUCUGCACACAACAAUGGAGUUAGAGCAAACAAGAAUGGUGGCCAAUGAAGAACUCAAUACCAAAGACGACCAGAUAAUGCAACUCAAAGAUCUUCUCAACAAAGCUAUCAAGGAGAGAGAUGAAGCACAAGAGAGAUACAAGAAGCUUCUUCUUGAUCAAAACUUCAUCCUCCAACGCCAAACCGACGAGGAGCAAGAUCCAAACAUCAAUGGCUUUCACUCAUCCGACGGCGAAGAAAGCAUUGUCUCAUCUUUCGAACCACCGAUGGAGAUCGAGUUAGAUUUCCCGGAGAUGACAUUACCGGAGAAAGGGAAGCUUCUAAAGGCGGUGGUGAAGGCAGGGCCUCUGCUUCAGACUCUGCUUUUAGCUGGACAGCUUCCACAAUGGCGUCAUCCACCGCCACAACUUGAGUCCUUUGAUAUUCCACCGGUGAUUAUUGCUGAAGCAUCGCCGUUGUCACAAGAUAGUUGUGGGAAUAAUCUAAACAGGAAGAGGGUUCACUGUGACGAGUCUGACUCCAAAAGAGGGACCAAGUACCAAAGGCUCUUGCCUUGAUCGUUCAUGUACGUACAUUUCAUUCAAGGGUCAAGUAUGUACGUAUAAAAAGAGUUUAAUUUGUAUUCUUUGCAAUGGUCAUUGUAUGCCAAGAUUUGGAGUUUGAGUGAACCAUUUUCUCCCAGGAUCA